AUGACGACGGUGACACGCGUGGAAGUGGAGCACGUGUCGAGAGAGCUCCGUGUGACACACACACGCCCAUCGGAGGCCCGUCCGCCCGCCCGCCAUGGCGUCCCUGGAGGAAGAGCUGACCUGCUCCGUGUGCCGAGACUUCUUCGGCCGAGCCCGGCGGUCAAGACGUGCCUGAGGUGUGAGGUGUCGCUGUGCGCCGCGCACCUCCAACCCCACCUGGAGAGGCCGGCGUUCGGCUCCCACCUGCUGGUGGAGCCGUUCGGGGACCUCUCCCGGCGAAGGUGUCCGACGCACGGCGAGACGCUGCACUACUACUGCGCCGACGACAAGGAGUACGUGUGCGGCGACUGUCUGCUGGACGGAGGCCACGCCGCGCACAAAGUGAAGGCGCUGAGGCAGGUGGAGGAGGACCUGAAGGUCAUACUCCAGACUCUGCUCAGCAAAGCCGACGAGAAGCCGAAAGACGGAGAGCGAAUCCUCGAGGAGCACGAGAGAGUGGACUGCACCAUGGCGGACUCCCUCAGGCAGGAGACCGCGCAGGUGGAGCGGCUGGGCUUGGACCUGCAGGUGCAGGUGAUGAGGCUGGUGGUCGCCCUGAGGGAGGUCACCAGGAGGGAGAGGCAGCAGGUGGUGGAGCGCGUGCACCGAGACCGCUCCAAGGCGAGGAGCGAGAUGAGCCAGGCGCUGAGCAUCCAGCGCUACCUGACCUCGCUGCUGGCGGAGACCGACCCCUUCCUGCUCAUCUGGACCUUUCAGUCCGACGACACACAGUUACUAGCCGACCUGAACGGGCCGCUCUUCGUGCCGGCGCCGUCGGCCAUGGACCGGAAACACAUCCUGGAGGACAUCGAGAGCAAGUACUGCGAGUUCAUCAGCGGCACCCUGCGCUGCCUCAGCGACAUCAAGAGGGAGCUCUUGACCAGCCCCCUGACUCUGGACACCAACACGGCCCACCCUCUGCUGAGCGUCUCCGAUGACCUUCGCUCGGCCACGCGCGUUAAAAGCCGGCUGCCGUGCGCCCUUCACCCCGAGCGGUUCGACCACUGGCCGCAGGUCCUCGCCGCCCAGGCCUUCACCUGCGGGACUCACUACUGGGAGCUGGAGGCCGAAGGCUUCUGGGAUAUCGGCGUCUGCUAUCGAAGUAUUGGAUGGAAGGGGAAAGAGGGCAACGCCUUCGGGAACAACGAGGUGUCGUGGAGCUUGACGCAGCAGCACGACAGGAAGCUGGCGGCCUGGCACAACCGCCGGAAGACCCGCCUCGCCCAGAUGAGCGGCAACCGCGUGGCCGUCGCCGUGGACGCCACCUUCUCCGAGGUCGGGCCGUCGAACCACCUCACCCACCUGCACACGUUCUCCGCCACCUUCACCCAGCCGCUGUGCUUGGGCUUCGGACUCUACAAGGCCGAGCUCAACAGUCACAUCUGCCUCGUCUGAGGAAGAGGAGGAGGAGGAGUAUGAGGAGGAGAAAAGGACCCAGAGAGGUUUAACUUGGACAAAGUGGUGUUCAUUGAUUCCUCCACUUCUGGAACCA